AUGGCAAAAUCUAGCUCUAGCCUGAAGGCCAAGACCUUAAAUAGCAUUGGCAAUCUCAUUAGAGUUCUCCCAACAGGAACAGUCUUCAUUUACCAAUUCCUAAACCCUAUUCUCACAAACGAUGGCCAUUGCACCGUUGUCAACAAAUACCUCUCUGGAAUCCUCAUUGCCCUUUGUGGCUUCUCUUGUGCGUUUUCUUGCUUCACCGAUAGUUACAUCGAUAACGACGGCGCCACUCAUUAUGGCAUAGCCACAAUGAAGGGACUCUGGCCAACAACUUCAGCAGUUGAUACAACAACUUAUAAAAUUAGCGUUGGUGACUUUGCUCAUGCAUUUUUUACUGUGAUUGUUUUUGGGGUUGUGACUAUUUUGGAUAGGAACACUGUGGAUUGCUUCUUUCCAUCGUUCGAAUCGACGCAGAAAAUGUUGCUUAUGGUGUUUCCACCAGCAAUUGGUGCCAUUUCUAGUGUUGUGUUUGUGGUGUUUCCUAAUAAACGUCAUGGCAUAGGGUACCCUAGUCAAGAUGAAUCAAGCUCAAAGUAA